GGCACGGUUAGAGAGGUGUUUGCCACAUCUUCAAGCAAACAACAUCACACACGCAUCGCAAACAGGCUGCAGUCAGCAAUGGUGGUCGGCGCCAGUGAUUUCUCGUCGGACGAUAUCGUCGUCAAGUCACCCAACGAUCGCCGAUUAUACAGAUACAUAAAGCUGCCAAACGGCCUAUGUGCUUUACUCGUACAUGAUCCUGAUAUUUAUGCCGACGGACCACCGGAAACUGUCACACCUGAUGACGUCAGCGAAGAUGACGAAGAUGAAGACGAAGAAGAUGAUGAUGAGGAAAGCGGAGAAGAAGAAGACGAUGAUGAUGAAGAUGAAGAGCGAGGAUCUGCAAAGAGCAAUGCUCCUCAGACUAAGAAGGCAGCGGCAGCAAUGUGUGUAGGGAUGGGCAGCUUUUGUGAUCCGUUAGAGGCACAGGGUCUUGCACAUUUUCUUGAACACAUGCUCUUCAUGGGGAGUGCUGAAUUUCCAGAUGAAAAUGAGUAUGACAGUUAUUUGUCCAAGCAUGGAGGUUCAUCGAAUGCUUACACAGAAGUGGAGCAUACUUGCUACCAUUUUGAAGUUAAACCAGAAUUUCUCUUGGGUGCUUUGAAAAGAUUUUCACAGUUUUUUAUUUCACCACUAGUGAAGACCGAAGCAAUGGACCGAGAAGUACUGGCUGUAGAUUCCGAAUUUAAUCAGGCUCUGCAAAGUGAUGCUUGUCGACUUCAACAAUUACAAUGUCAUACAGCAGCACCGGGUCACGCCUUUAAUCAAUUUUUCUGGGGGAACAAGAAAAGCCUUGUUGAUGCGAUGGAGAACGGAGUUAACUUACGAGAUCAAAUUUUCAAAUUAUACAAUGAAUUUUACCAUGGUGGCCUUUUGAAGUUAGUGGUCAUCGGGGGAGAAAGCCUUGAUGUGCUUGAAAGUUGGGUUGUUGAACUAUUUGACAAAGUCAAAACCAGCAAUGCGUCAAAGUCGGAAGUCAAACCAGGACUUCCAGUUUGGCGUGCAGGAAAAAUAUACCGUUUAGAGGCUGUGAAAGAUGUCCAUAUUCUUGAUUUGUCAUGGACAUUACCAUGCCUCAGGAAAGCUUACGUAAAGAAAGCGGAAGACUACUUGGCACAUCUCAUUGGGCACGAGGGCAGAGGAAGCUUGCUUUUCUUUUUAAAAGCUGAAGGGUGGGCCACUUCUAUAUCAGCUGGUGUUGGUGAUGAUGGAAUGCAACGAUCUUCAGUAGCAUAUGUUUUUGGCAUGUCUAUACACCUCACUGACUCUGGAUUGGAGAAGAUCUAUGAGAUUAUUGGUUUUGUUUAUCAAUACCUUAAAUUACUGCGACAAGUUGGUCCUCAAGAAUGGAUAUAUAGAGAACUACAAGACAUAGCAAAUAUGGAUUUUACAUUCACUGAGGAGCAACCCCAAGAUGAGUAUGCUGCAGAACUUUCAGCAAAUCUGCUUAUAUAUCCACCGGAGCACACUAUAUAUGGGGAUUAUGCAUAUAAGGAGUGGGAUGAAGAAAUGAUCAAACAUGUUUUGUCUUUCUUUACGCCAGACAACAUGAGGACUGAUAUAUUAUCAAAGUCGAUCAAUAAAUCACAAGAUGUCAAAUGUGAGCCAUGGUUUGGAUCACAUUAUACAGAAGAAGAUAUUUCUCCUUCUCUUUUGGAAUUAUGGAGAGAUCCUCCAGAAAUAAAUGCGGCAUUGCAUCUACCUGAAAAGAACGAGUUCAUUCCACAAGAUUUUUCUAUUCGUGCAAAUAAUAUAUCAUUUGAUUCCAUGGGUACAACCCCACCAAAAUGUAUACUUGAUGAACCGUUGAUGAAGUUUUGGUACAAACUCGAUACAACUUUCCGGUCUCCACGUGCUAAUACGUAUUUUCGUGUUACGUUAAAUGGUGCCUAUAGUGGUUUGAAGCAUGUUUUGUUGACUGAGCUUUUUCUCAACCUACUGAAAGACAAGCUAAAUGACGUUGUAUAUCAGGCAAGUGUGGCCAAGCUGGACACUUCGAUAUCACUUGUGAGUGAUAAACUAGAACUAAAAGUCUACGGUUUUAAUGACAAGCUUCCAGUUCUUCUUUCCAAAAUUUUGGAAACUGCCAAAUCUUUUGUGCCAGCCGAUGACCGCUUUGUGGUAAUCAAGGAGGAUAUGGAGAGAAAUCUAAGAAACGCCAACAUGAAGCCGUUAAAUCAUUCAAGUUACUUGAGACUUCAACUUCUUUGUCAAAGUUUUUGGGAUGUUGAUGAGAAGCUUGGAUUGCUACAUAAACUCUCUCUAGCAGAUUUAAAGGCUUUUAUUCCCGAACUAUUCUCUCAGUUGUAUAUUGAGGGGCUUUGCCAUGGAAAUCUACUUGAAGAAGAAGCUAAAAACGUAUCAGACAUAUUCAAAAAAUAUUUCUCUGUACAACCACUUCCGUCCGAAAUGAGACACAAAGAUAACAUUUUAUGUCUUCCUCCUAGUGCUGACCUCGUGAGAGACGUCACAGUAAAAAAUAAGCUCGACACAAAUUCGGUGGUUGAGCUGUAUUAUCAGAUUGAACCAGAAGUUGGUUCAGACUUAGCUAAAUUAAAAGCACUGAUUGAUCUUUUGGAUGAAAUUGUCGAAGAACCGCUAUUUAAUCAACUUAGGACAAAGGAGCAGCUUGGUUACGUUGUUGACUGUAGCCCUAGGGUAACGUAUCGGAUAUUGGGAUUCUGUUUUCGCGUUCAGUCUUCUGAAUAUAGUCCGGUAUAUCUGCAAGGAAGAAUAGAUAAGUUUAUUAAUGAGAUGGACGGUUUGCUGAGUGAACUCGAUGACGAGUCUUUUCAGAAUUUUAAAAGUGGGUUAAUCGCAAAGCUGCUAGAGAAAGAUCCAUCUCUCCAUUAUGAAACGAAUCGAUACUGGGGGCAAAUCACAGAUCAUAGGUAUAUGUUUGACUUAUCUGCAAAAGAAGCCGAAGAAGUCAAACGUCUCGAGAAGAGUGAAAUUACUAACUGGUACAACACUUAUUUGAGGAAAGCAUCUCCAAAGUGUCGAAGGCUUGCUGUUAGAGUUUGGGGGUGCAACACCAACAUAAACGAGUCUAAAACAAACCUUGCUUCUGUUAAGGUAAUUGACGACCUUGUUGCUUUUAAGGCGUCUUCCGCAUUUUAUCCUGCAUUUUGUUGAUACAUUCGCAAGUCGGUUCUUUUCAAGUAAAACCAUUUUCAGAACCUUAGUUUUGAUGAGAAAAUGUAAGCGCGGGCUAUUUAGAUGAAUAAACGGUUUUACUUUCGAGUUGAGUUUAUUCUCGUAUGCAUGUGUAUGGUUUACGAGCUUAUUUAAAGAUGUUAUUAGUUUAUCGUUCUACAA